AUGGUCAAGAAGUCCCGCAAGGCGCUGCACAUCGCUCCACCGCGCAUGAAAUCGCGCCGCAAAGCGCGUCAAGUGACCACGACGUUCCAUCGGCUAACCCACGAGCUCGCACGACUGAAAACAGACUGUCCCGCUUCCACUGAGCCGCAGAAAGAGCUCGUCCAACAGCGGAUAUCAGCGAUCCAGGAGCAAUUGGAGAAAAUGGGUGGCCACAAGACGUACCAAGACGCCAGUAUCCUGAGCACGAGCUUCCACAAGACGUCCAAGUGGAUUUUCCAGCUACUCACGAGCUUCGAGCUGCGCCCAAGAGCUAAACAGCCGCCACUUCAAGUGCUCGAAGUCGGAGCGAUUAAUACGCAGUUACUAGCGUGUCCGUGGCUUCACGUGCGGGCCAUUGACCUCCAGUCAAGACACGAGCGCAUUGAGCAAUGCGACUUUUUCAGCCUCAAGCCAAUGGAAGAGUUCCACGUCGUGGUGUCCAGCAUGGUGCUCAAUUGCGUCCCUGGAGCUGCUCGUCGAGGCGAGAUGCUGCGGCUGUAUCGAAGCCACUUGAAGGAACAGGGACUGCUGUUCCUCAUGUUGCCGCUCUUGUGUUUACGGCACUCGCGGUUUAUGACGUACGCGCGAUUCCUCAAGAUCUUGGAGGCAGUCGGAUUCCGCGUGCGGGAGACGAAAAACUCGCCCAAAGUCGCUUUCUUCUGCUUGGAAAGGAUCGAGACCGUGAACGAAGCGGCUUCGUUCCCGCAGACGCUACUGGUUCCAGGUGAUAAGCGCAAUGACUUCAGCGUCACUAUCUAG